UAGGAACCCUAUAAAAGAACUCAGCUCCUCAGUGUUCUCCCAACGGCUUCACUGAACCUCAAGUGUUCCCGUUAGCGAGUUGGGCUUGCUUGAAUCUACAGAAAGAUGCCUCAGCUCCUGGACAGCAUCUCCACCCUCAUCAGCGUCUUCUACAAACCUGGGAAGAAAGACGAGGACUGCUCCACCAUCAGCAAGAGAGAGGUGAAAAGGUUCAUCCAGAGGGGGUUUGCUGACAUCACAGUGAACCCCUAUGAUGCUCACACCAUAGAGACAGUACUGCAACUUCUGGAUCAUGAUGGCGACGGGGUUGAAGAUUUCAAUGAAUUCCUGCUUCUGGUAUUUAGAGUGGCGAAGGUUUGUUACUGGUACCUGCAGCCAAAACAACAUCUCCCGCAAAGAACAGAGACGGGACUGAGUGGGGAGCGGUGCCAGGAGCCGGAAGCAGGAAGGGCUGAGGGGAGUCGCGAUCAGCCUAAACCACCAGGGACGGAGAAAGGAUAUUACGAAACAUGGGAGCCUGAAACUAGAGAGACUGAACGAAGCCGCCGUCAGCCACGUGGGCCUGAACUACGACGGGAUGAGAGGAGUUGGUACGGAAUACAAAGAUCUGAACAUAGAGAGAAUGAGAGAAGCCACCAUCGGUCACGUGAACCUGAACCACGAGGGGAUGAGAGGAGCCGCUACGAGAGACGUGACCUUGAAACAAGGGAGGUAGACAGGAGCCGACGUCACCCACAUGAACGUGAGCGACGAGAGGAUGAGAGGAGUUCCCAUCAGCCAUAUGAACCUGAGCCACAAAGUCGUGAGAGGAGAUGCCUUGAACCCCAAUCACGACAGGAUGAGAAAAGUCGCUAUUGGCCCAGAGAAUCUGAGAGGAGUCGCUAUGAAACAUGUGAGCCAGAAGCCAGAAAGGAAGAGAGGAGCCAUCGUCUGCCACGUCAGCCUGAACCAGGAAGGGAUGAGAGGAACCGCUCUCGCCCACGUGAACCUCAGCCCCAAGGGGAUGAGAGGAGCCACUAUGGAGCACAUGCGCCUGAAACAAGAGAGGAAGAGAGAAGCCGCUAUCAGCAACAACAGCCUGAACCACGAAGGGAUGAGCGGAGCUGCUAUGAAAUAUAUGACCCUGAUACAAGAGAGGAAGAGAGGAGCCGCUAUCAGACACGUGAGCCUGAACACGAGGAGGAAGAGAGGAGCCGCUAUCAGACACGUGAGCCUGAACACGAGGAGGAAGAGAGGAGCCGCUAUCAGACACGUGAGCCUGAAACUAGAGAGGAAGAGAGGAGCCGAUGUCACCCACAUGAGCCUGAACAUGAGGAGGAAGAGAGGAGCCGCUAUCAGCCACGUGAGCCUGAACCUAGAGAGGAUGAGAGGAGCCGCCGACAGCCACGUGAGCCUGAACCACGAGAGGAUGACAGGAGCCGCCGACAGCCACGUGAGCCUGAACCAAGAGAGGAUGACAGGAGCCGCCGACAGCCACGUGAGCCUGAACCAAGAGAGGAUGACAGGAGCCGCCGUCAGCCACGUGAGCCUGAAAUAAAACAGGAAGAGAGGAGCUGCCGACAGCCACGUGAGCCUGAACCUAGAGAGGAAGAGAGCAGCCGCCGACAGCCACGUGAGCCUGAACCUAGAGAGGAUGAGAGGAGCCGCCGACAGCCACGUGAGCCUGAACCAAGAGAGGAUGACAGGAGCCGCCGACAGCCACAUGAGCCUGAACCUAGAGAGGAUGACAGGAGCCGCCGUCAGCCACGUGAGCCUGAAAUAAAAGAGGAAGAGAGGAGCUGCCGACAGCCACGUGAGCCUGAACCUAGAGAGGAUGACAGGAGCCGUCGACAGCCACGUGAGCCUGAACCUAGAGAGGAAGAGAGGAGCCGCCGACAGCCACGUGAGCCUGAACCUAGAGAGGAUGACAGGGGUCGCCGACAGCCACGUGAGCCUGAACCUAGAGAGGAUGACAGGAGCCGCCGACAGCCACAUGAGCCUGAAAUAAAAGAGGAAGAGAGGAGCUGCCGACAGCCACGUGAGCCUGAACAUAGAGAGGAAGAGAGGAGCCGCCGACAGCCACGUGAGCCUGAACCUAGAGAGGAAGAGAGGAGCCGCCGACAGCCACGUGAGCCUGAACCUAGAGAGGAAGAGAGGAGCCGCCGACAGCCACGUGAGCCUGAACCUAGAGAGGAAGAGAGGAGCCGCCGACAGCCACGUGAGCCUGAACCUAGAGAGGAAGAGAGGAGUCCCCGACAGCCACGUGAGCCUGAACCUAGAGAGGAUGAGAGGAGCCGCCGACAGCCACGUGAGCCUAAACCUAGAGAGGAAGAGAGGAGCCGCCGACAGCCACGUGAGCCUGAACCAAGAGAGGAUGAGGGGAGCCGCCGUCAGCCACGUGAGCCUGCCCCAAAAGAGGAUGAGGGGAGGCGCCGACAGCCACGUGAGCCUGAACCUAGAGAGGAAGAGAGGAGCUGCCGACAGCCACGUGAGCCUGAACCUAGAGAGGAUGAGAGGAGCCGCCAACAGCCACGUGAGCCUGAACCUAGAGAGGAUGAGAGGAGCCGCCGUCAGCCACGUGAGCCUGAACCAAGAGAGGAUGAGAGGAGCCGCCGACAGCCACGUGAGCCUGAACCUAGAGAGGAAGAGAGGAGCCGCCGACAGCCACGUGAGCCUGAACCUAGAGAGGAAGAGAGGAGCCGCCGACAGCCACGUGAGCCUGAACCUAGAGAGGAAGAGAGGAGUCGCCGACAGCCACGUGAGCCUGAACCUAGAGAGGAUGAGAGGAGCCGCCGACAGCCACGUGAGCCUGAACCUAGAGAGGAAGAGAGGAGCCGCCGACAGCCACGUGAGCCUGAACCAAGAGAGGAUGAGGGGAGCCGCCGUCAGCCACGUGAGCCUGCCCCAAAAGAGGAUGAGGGGAGGCGCCGACAGCCACGUGAGCCUGAACCUAGAGAGGAAGAGAGGAGCCGCCGUCAGCCACGUGAGCCUGAACCUAGAGAGGAAGAGAGGAGCCGCCGACAGCCACGUGAGCCUGAACCUAGAGAGGAAGAGAGGAGUCGCCGACAGCCACGUGAGCCUGAACCUAGAGAGGAUGAGAGGAGCCGCCGACAGCCACGUGAGCCUGAACCUAGAGAGGAAGAGAGGAGCCGCCGACAGCCACGUGAGCCUGAACCAAGAGAGGAUGAGGGGAGCCGCCGUCAGCCACGUGAGCCUGCCCCAAAAGAGGAUGAGGGGAGGCGCCGACAGCCACGUGAGCCUGAACCUAGAGAGGAAGAGAGGAGCCGCCGACAGCCACGUGAGCCUGAACCUAGAGAGGAAGAGAGGAGCCGCCGACAGCCACGUGAGCCUGAACCAAGAGAGGAUGAGGGGAGCCGCCGUCAGCCACGUGAGCCUGCCCCAAAAGAGGAUGAGGGGAGGCGCCGACAGCCACGUGAGCCUGAACCUAGAGAGGAAGAGAGGAGCCGCCGACAGCCACGUGAGCCUGAACCUAGAGAGGAAGAGAGGAGCCGCCGACAGCCACGUGAGCCUGAACCUAGAGAGGAAGAGAGGAGCCGCCGACAGCCACGUGAGCCUGAACCAAGAGAGGAUGAGGGGAGCCGCCGUCAGCCACGUGAGCCUGCCCCAAAAGAGGAUGAGGGGAGGCGCCGACAGCCACGUGAGCCUGAACCUAGAGAGGAAGAGAGGAGCCGCCGACAGCCACGUGAGCCUGAACCUAGAGAGGAAGUGAGGAGCCGCCAACAGCCACGUGAGCCUGAACCUAGAGAGGAUGAGAGGAGCCGCCGACAGCCACGUGAGCCUGAACCUAGAGAGGAUGAGAGGAGCCGCCGUCAGCCACGUGAGCCUGAACCUAGAGAGGAUGAGAGGAGCUGCCGUCAGCCACGUGAGCCUGAACCAAGAGAGGAUGAGAGGAGCCGCCGACAGCCACGUGAGCCUGAACCUAGAGAGGAAGAGAGGAGCCGCCGACAGCCACGUGAGCCUGAACCUAGAGAGGAAGAGAGGAGCCACCGACAGCCACGUGAGCUUGAACCUAGAGAGGAAGAGAGGAGCCGCCGUCAGCCACAUGAGCCUGAAAUAAAAGAGGAAGAGAGGAGCUGCCGACAGCCACGUGAGCCUGAACCUAGAGAGGAAGAGAGGAGCCGCCGACAGCCACGUGAGCCUGAACCUAGAGAGGAUGAGAGGAGCCGCCGACAGCCACGUGAGCCUGAACCUAAAGAGGAUGACAGGGGUCGCCGACAGCCAUGUGAGCCUGAACCUAGAGAGGAUGACAGAGGUCGCCGACAGCCACGUGAGCCUGAACCUAGAGAGGAUGACAGAGGUCGCCGACAGCCACGUGAGCCUGAACCUAGAGAGGAUGAAAGGAGCCGCCGACAGCCACGUGAGCCUGAACCUACAGAGGAAGAGAGGAGCCACCGUCAGCCACGUGAGCCUGAAAUAAAAGAGGAAGAGAGGAGCCGCCGACAGCCACGUGAGCCUGAACCUAGAGAGGAAGAGAGGAGCCGCCGACAGCCACGUGAGCCUGAACCUAGAGAGGAAGAGAGGAGCCGCCGACAGCCACGUGAGCCUGAACCUAGAGAGGAAGAGAGGAGCCACCGACAGCCACGUGAGCCUGAACCUAGAGAGGAUGAGAGGAGCCGCCGACAGCCACGUGAGCCUGAACCUAGAGAGGAUGAGAGGAGCCACCGACAGUCACGUGAGCCUGAACCUAGAGAGGAUGAGAGGAGCCGCCGUCCGCCACGUGAGCCUGAACCUAGAGAGGAAGAGAGGAACCGCCGACAGCCACGUGAACCUGAACCUAGAGAGGAUGACAGGAGCCGCCGACAGCCACGUGAGCCUGAACAUAGAGAGGAAGAGAGGAGCCGCCGAGAGCCACGUGAGCCUGAACCUAGAGAGGAUGAGAGGAGCCGCCGAGAGCCACGUGAGCCUGAACCUAGAGAGGAAGAGAGGAGCCGCCGACAGCCACGUGAGCCUGAACCAAGAGAGGGUGAGAGGAGCCGCUGUCAGCCACGUGAGCCUGAACCAAGAGAGGAUGAGAGGACCUGCCGACAGCCACGUGAGCCUGAACCAAGAGAGGAUGACAGGAGCCGCCGACAGCCACGUGAGCCUGAAAUAAGAGGGGAUGGGUGGAGUCGCCAUCAGUCAUGUGAACCUGAAGCUAGAAAAGGAGAAAGGAGCCGCCGUGAACCAUGUGAGCCUGAACCAAGAGAGGAAAAGAGAAGUCGCCAGCAGCCACGUGAGCCUCAACAUAGAGAGGAUGAGAGGACCCGCCGACAGCCACGUGAGCCUGAACCUAGAGAGGAUGACAGGAGCCGCCGACAGCCACGUGAGCCUGAACCUAGAGAGGAAGAGAGGAGCCGCCGACAGCCACGUGAGCCUGAACUAGAAAAGGAGAAAGGAGCCGCCGUGAACCAUGUGAGCCUGAACCAAGGGAGGAAAAGAGAAGUCGCCAGCAGCCACGUGAGCCUCAACAUAGAGAGGAUGAGAGGACCCGCCGUCAGCCACAGGAUGACAGGGGUCGCCGACAGCCAUGUGAGCCUGAACCUAGAGAGGAUGACAGAGGUCGCCGACAGCCACGUGAGCCUGAACCUAGAGAGGAUGACAGAGGUCGCCGACAGCCACCUAGAAAAGGAGAAAGGAGCCGCCGUGAACCAUGUGAGCCUGAACCAAGAGAGGAAAAGAGAAGUCGCCAGCAGCCACGUGAGCCUCAACAUAGAGAGGAUGAGAGGACCCGCCGACAGCCACGAAGAGAGGAGCCGCCAACAGCCACGUGAGCCUGAACCUAGAGAGGAUGAGAGGAGCCGCCGACAGCCACGUGAGCCUGAACCUAGAGAGGAUGAGGGGAGCUGCCGACAGCCACAUGAGCCUGAAAUAAAAGAGGAAGAGAGGAGCCGCCGACAGCCACGUGAGCCUGAACCUAGAGAGGAUGACAGGAGCCGCCGACAGCCACGUGAGCCUGAACCUAGAGAUGAAGAGAGGAGCCGCCGACAGCCACGUGAGCCUGAACCAAGAGAGGGUGAGAGGAGCCGCUGUCAGCCACGUGAGCCUGAACCAAGAGAGGAUGAGAGGACCUGCCGACAGCCACGUGAGCCUGAACCAAGAGAGGAUGACAGGAGCCGCCGACAGCCACGUGAGCCUGAAAUAAGAGGGGAUGGGUGGAGUCGCCAUCAGUCAUGUGAACCUGAAGCUAGAAAAGGAGAAAGGAGCCGCCGUGAACCAUGUGAGCCUGAACCAAGGGAGGAAAAGAGAAGUCGCCAGCAGCCACGUGAGCCUCAACAUAGAGAGGAUGAGAGGACCCGCCGUCAGCCACGUGAGCCUGAAGCUAGAGAGGAUGACAGGAGCCACCGACAGCCACGUGAGCCUGACCCAAGAGAGGAUGACAGGAGCCGCCGUCAGCCACGUGAGCCUGAACCAAGAGAGGAUGACAGGAGCCGCCGUCAGCCACGUGAGCCUGAACCAAGAGAGCAUGAGAGGAGCCGCCAACAGCCACGUGAGCCUGAACGUAGAGAGGAUGACAGGAGCCGCCAACAGCCACGUGAGCCUGAACCUAGAGAGGAUGAGAGGAGCCACCGUCAGCCACAUGUACCUGAAAUAAAAGACGAAGAGAGGAGCUGCCGACAGCCACGUGAGCCUGAACCAAGAGAGGAUGAGAGGAGCCGCCGACAGCCACAUAUACCUGAAAUAAAAGACGAAGAGAGGAGCUGCCGACAGCCACGUGAGCCUGAACCAAGAGAGCAUGAGAGGAGCCGCCAACAGCCACGUGAGCCUGAACGUAGAGAGGAUGACAGGAGCCGCCAACAGCCACGUGAGCCUGAACCUAGAGAGGAUGAGAGGAGCCACCGUCAGCCACAUGUACCUGAAAUAAAAGACGAAGAGAGGAGCCGCCGACAGCCACGUGAGCCUGAAAUAAAAGAGGAAGAGAGGAGCUGCCGACAGCCACGUGAGCCUGAACCUAGAGAGGAUGACAGGAGCCGCCGACAGCCACGUGAGCCUGAACCUAGAGAGGAUGACAGGAGCCACCGACAGCCACGUGAGCCUGAACCUAGAGAGGAAGAGAGGAGCCGCCGACAGCCACGUGAGCCUGAACCUAGAGAGGAAGAGAGGAGCCGCCGACAGCCACGUGAGCCUGAACCUAGAGAGGAUGAGAGGAGCCGCCGACAGCCACGUGAGCCUGAACCUAGAGAGGAUGAGGGGAGCUGCCGACAGCCACAUGAGCCUGAAAUAAAAGAGGAAGAGAGGAGCCGCCGACAGCCACGUGAGCCUGAACCUAGAGAGGAUGACAGGAGCCGCCGACAGCCACGUGAGCCUGAACCUAGAAAGGAAGAGAGGAGCCGCCGACAGCCACGUGAGCCUGAACCAAGAGAGGGUGAGAGGAGCCGCUGUCAGCCACGUGAGCCUGAACCUAGAGAGGAUGAGAGGACCUGCCGACAGCCACGUGAGCCUGAACCAAGAGAGGAUGACAGGAGCCGCCGACAGCCACGUGAGCCUGAAAUAAGAGGGGAUGGGUGGAGUCGCCAUCAGUCAUGUGAACCUGAAGCUAGAAAAGGAGAAAGGAUCCGCCGUGAACCAUGUGAGCCUGAACCAAGAGAGGAAAAGAGAAGUCGCCAGCAGCCACGUGAGCCUCAACAUAGAGAGGAUGAGAGGACCCGCCGUCAGCCACGUGAGCCUGAAGCUAGAGAGGAUGACAGGAGCCACCGACAGCCACGUGAGCCUGAACCAAGAGAGGAUGACAGGAGCCGCCGUCAGCCACGUGAGCCUGAACCUAAAGAGAAUGAGAGGAGCCGCCGUCAGCCACGUGAGCCUGAACCAAGAGAGCAUGAGAGGAGCCGCCAACAGCCACGUGAGCCUGAACGUAGAGAGGAUGACAGGAGCCGCCAACAGCCACGUGAGCCUGAACCUAGAGAGGAUGAGAGGAGCCACCGUCAGCCACAUGUACCUGAAAUAAAAGACGAAGAGAGGAGCUGCCGACAGCCACGUGAGCCUGAACCAAGAGAGGAUGAGAGGAGCCGCCGACAGCCACAUAUACCUGAAAUAAAAGACGAAGAGAGGAGCUGCCGACAGCCACGUGAGCCUGAGCCAAGAGAGGAUGAGAGGAGCCACCGUCAGCCACAUAUACCUGAAAUAAAAGACGAAGAGAGGAGCUGCCGACAGCCACGUGAGCCUGAACCAAGAGAGGAUGAGCGGAGCCACCGUCAGCCACAUGAGCCUGAAGUUAGAGAGGAUGAGAGGAGCCGCCGACAGCCACGUGAGCCUGAACCUACAGAGGAAGAGAGGAGCCGCCGACAGCCACGUGAGCCUGAACCUAGAGAGGAUGAGGGGAGCCAUCGACAACCACGUGAACCUGAACCAAGAGAGGAUGAGAGGAGCUGCCGACAGCCACGUGAGCCAGAACCGAGAGAGGAUGAGAGGAGGCGCCAACGGCCACGUGAGCCUGAACCUAGAGAGGAUGAGAGGAGGCACCAACAGCCACGUGAGCCUGAACCUAGAGAGGAUGAGGGGAGCCUCCGACAGCCACGUGAGCCUGAACCUAGAGAAGGUGAGAGGUGCAGCAUUCAGUCACCGACACCUGAGCCACCACAUGAGGAGGGGAAUUUGCCUCCGUCUAGUGAGCCUGUAGAGAACGAGGGGACCCUGCGUGAGCCGCAUGAUCCUGAAUCAACACAUGAUUCCAGGAGAUGCCCUGCAACACAUGGGCCUCCACCCACUGGAGAUGAGGGAAGCCAGCUUCAGCCCAGGGAGAGCGCAGCACCCGGGGAUGAGGGCAACCCCCAGAAGACAAGUGAAUCUGAACCUAGGGAGGAUGACGGCAGCCAGCCUCAGCUCUGUGAACCAGAACAGAAGGAGGGCGAUGGGGUCCUCAGGCAGACACCGGAGUCUCAGCCGCUAGAAGAGGUGGAGAGCCAGGAACAGCCACGUGGCCCGGAACCACGAACGGAAGGGAGCCGCCAUCAGCCGCCACAAGGGGGAGAAGCGAGCCACCUCCAACCAGACAUUGAACCUCAACAGGGCGACGGGAGCCGCCAUGGGUCAAGGGACCCUCAAGAAGAGCGUGAGAGGAGCAGCCAUCAGGCCAGGGAGCCUCUGCCACGGCUGGGAGAGGAACCGGAAGAAGGUGAAUGGAGCCAGAGCCAUCCUCAGCCUGCAAACGCAGAGGAGGAGCUGGGUGAGACAGAUCCGGAUGAAAUCAAGGCCUCGCUGCCUUGCAAUCCACUCUAUGUCUAUCUGCUGGAGCAGACGGUGGAGAAGCAGCUUUACCUAGCACCACCGCACCAGGAAUACCCAUAGUGUGGAAAAUGCGGUGGCGCCCACUUUCUCCAGUGGAACGUGUGGGCUUCUGUCCAUCAGCCUUUCCGGCGAAGCUUCCAACACCUCAUCCCUACACCUUUCUUCUAGUCUUUUCGGGAUUCCUUAUAGACUCAGGUGCAUGUGAGCAUGUUAGCAAGUACUGGCACAAAUGUGUCCAAUACAAGGGGCUAGGGGGUGCUUUGCCCUUGGGUGAAAUCCCCACUUGGUUUCACAGAGGUCUUGGGCUUCACAGGCUGAGAAACAAAAGUGAGUGAGUUUGGUGCCCCAAUGGCUAGAAUAAAGAGUAGUCCAGGCUCUUACUAGCCACCUUUCUACUGUAUCUACUCGAGCAUAACUACCUAACUACUGUCUCUAGGUGUCCACUCUAUGUAUCUCUCUCUCUACAAACACACCUGUCAUCUGUCUAUCUUUCCAUACAUUUGUCCAUUGUGUCUAUAUCAUAUCUACCUCCCUAUGUGGUCUAUGUAUUUAUUGGAUCUAUUGGGUCUUUGUGUUUAUCUGUCAGUGUGCUUAUGCUGCACUCAUCGCUGUGGUCCUGUGUCUGACUAACCUGUUUGUUAACUGCUGUCAUGCAACACAAAAACCUGUAUGUAUCUUUCCAUCUAACUUGCUGGGUCCUGUAGGAGAUUGGAGACCAUUUCAGUUGGGAAAAUGCACAAUCACUGGCUGAGCGAAACCUCGGCUUCACUCUCCCGCAAGCCUUGAGGCAGAUGAGUAGCACUGGGGUAUCUAGAGGGGUCUCUUUUUCACAUGGUUGUAUUGCAUGAAAAGUCACAAUAAAUGACAACUGAGUUCA